UUCCUCUAGCCAUUACACUUACUUCAAUUGGAAGCAUAUAAAAAGUAUGGCCGAAUAUAUGGUAUCUAUUUGGGCCUUGAACCACAACUCGUUAUUGCAGAACCUCAUAUCUUGAAAAAAAUUUUAGUUAAAGAUUUUAAUAUGUUUCACAACAGAGUGGACUUAGAGACAGGAAAUCCAUUGUUCGACAAAAUGCUAUCCGGUUUGAAAGAUGACGACUGGAAAAGAAUUAGGUGUAUUAUGAGUCCCACUUUCAGUAGCAGUAGAAUGAGAAAAAUGGCUUAUUUGGUCAGGGAAUGCACCGAAAAAUUUUCAACUGAUAUGAAAAAAAUAAUUGAAACUAAUAGGGAUCAACCAAUUGAUUGUAAAAAGUAUUUAUCUAAUUUUUCUCUCGAUGUAAUUGCUUCUACUGCAUUUGGAACAAAAUUGAGUUCUUUAGACGAUCCGAAUAAUACAUUUGUGGAUAAAUUUCGAAAGACAACCAGCACAAAUGUAUCACUUCGUCUUAUGAUAUUUUUUUUGUUUCCGAAAAUUUUCAAAUAUCUGAAAUUUAAUAUUUUUGAUGAAUUUACUGAUUAUUUCAAAGAAUUUACUUUACAUGUCAUCGAACAAAGAGAGAAACAAAAUGAGAAAAGCAACGAUUUUCUUCAGUUAUUACUCGAUGCUCAAAAAGGUACCUUGGAAAUUUCACCAGAAGAUAUCAAAGAAACUAACGAAAAAAAUGAAGUCGAAUUGAAAAUAUUACCGAAGCAUAAAACUAUGAGCAUGGAAGAAAUGAUAGCACAAUGCGUGUUGUUUCUUUUUGCUGGAAGUGAAACAAGUACUAACACAUUAUCUUUUGUCUUAUAUUACUUGUCCUUCUAUCCCGAAUGCUUUUAUAUUCUGCUUUUCGUGAUGUGUUGA